UAUACGCUUUUUCUCUGUAAUCUGUGGGUUGUUCUGGGGUAUGGUGUUUUGCUCUGACGGAUUCUAACCGGUCUAUUCCUUCGUUCUAAAAUCAUUUCGAAGAAUGACACGGCAAGUACUGUUGUUUAUCUCGUUUUUUUCUCUCAAUUUAGUGUUCGGGCACGUCAGCUACACUGUUCCCGAGGAAAUGGCGAAAGGCUCUUUAGUCGGAGAUAUCGCACAGGAUUUAGGUUUAAAUAUCAAAAGGCUAAAGUCAGGGAAAGCUCGUGUCUACUCUGUUGAUAGCACAGAAUACAUCGAGCUGAAUAACGAAAGAGGAGCUCUCCUUAUCAAAGAGAGAAUAGACAGAGAAUCCUUAUGCGGUGAGACGAUGCCUUGCGCUUUACAUUUUCAGAUCAUUAUGGAGAAUCCCAUGGAAUUUUACAGCGUUACAGUUGAAAUUACAGACAUUAAUGAUAACCCACCAUCUUUCGAGAAAAGUGAAACUGAAUUCCAAAUCAGCGAAUCUGCAGUUGUCGGAGCAAAAUUUGAUUUGGAAAGAGCAAUGGAUUUAGAUGUCGGUAUUAAUGGUCUCCAAAGUUACCUACUGAAGCCAACUGAUAAUUUCGUACUUAAAUUGCACAACCAAGCGGAUGGGACAAAAAAUGUCGAGAUGGUUUUACAAAAGGCUCUUGACAGAGAGAAACAUGGAUUUUUGUCUUUAGUUUUGACCGCUAUCGAUGGAGGAGAGCCACAGAUGUCGGGGACAAUGCAGAUUCUCAUUACAGUGUUAGAUGCCAAUGAUAAUGCCCCUGUAUUUACACAGCCGAUUUACAAAGGCACUGUGACUGAAAAUGCGCCAAAAGGUACAGUAGUGACUACUGUUAGUGCGUCUGAUGCUGAUCAUGGUUCAAAUGGAAAAAUAAGUUAUUCGAUCACGAAUACUUUAGAUGAUAUUAGACAUAUAUUUGAGGUAAAUAAAGACAAUGGUGAAGUUCGACUGAUUGGACAUAUUGAUUACGAAAGGAAAGGGAAUUUUCAAAUCAACUUACGGGCGAGAGAUGACGGAGGACUGACAGAUUCUUGUAAAGUGAUAGUGGAAGUCCUCGAUAUUAAUGACAAUGUGCCAACGAUUAAUAUCAUGUCAAAGUCAGCCAUUGUAACUGAAGAUGCAACCCAUAACACCGUCGUUACAAUGAUUAAUAUUCAAGAUCCAGACUCGGGUGAAAAUGGUAAAGUUAAUUGUUUUAUAAAUGAAAAUAUUCCUUUCUUAUUAAAGUCGACAUCUAAUAAAAUCUAUAGUUUAGUGACAGACAGUGAUUUAGACAGAGAGAGAGCCUCUGAGUAUAUUAUCACAGUGACUUGUUCUGAUGAGGGAGUCCCCUCCCUCUCCAGCAGCGUCACUCUCACCUUACAGAUCUCAGAUGUGAAUGACAACGCGCCUGUCUUUGAGAAGAGCUCAUAUGAGGCCUACAUUGUAGAAAACAACACCCCAGGCCUCUCUAUAUUCACAGUGAAAGCCAGAGACGCUGACUGGAACCAGAAUGCCCGUAUCUCUUACAUACUCGAGGACUCCUCGGUUAACGGAGUGCCCGUCUCCUCAUAUGUGUCUGUUAGUGCUGAUAGUGGAGUCAUCCAUGCAGUUCGCUCUUUUGACUACGAGCAGAUCAAAGAUUUCCAUUUCCGAGUCAAAGUGCAAGAUGGAGGUUCUCCUCCACUCAGUAGCAAUGUGAGUGUGAAAAUACUGAUCCAGGACCAGAACGACAACGCUCCUCAGGUGCUGUACCCAGUCCAGACUGGUGGCUCUCUGGUGGCUGAAAUGGUGCCUCGUUCAGCAGAGGUGGGCUAUCUGGUGACCAAAGUGGUGGCUGUUGAUGUGGACUCUGGCCAGAAUGCCUGGCUCUCCUAUAAACUGCAGAAAGCCACAGACAGGGCGUUGUUUGAAGUGGGCUUACAGAAUGGGGAAAUCAGAACUAUCCGCCAAGUCACUGAUAAAGAUGCUGUGAAACAAAGGCUGACUGUUGUGGUGGAGGACAACGGCCAGCCCUCUCGUUCAGCUACAGUCAUUGUUAACGUGGCGGUGGCGGACAGCUUCCCUGAAGUGCUAUCGGAGUUCACUGACUUCAUACAGGACAAGGAGUACAAUGACAACCUGACUUUUUAUUUAGUCUUGGCUUUGGCUGUGGUUUCCUUUCUGUUCAUCACGUGCCUGGUGGUUAUUAUAUCAGUGAAAAUCUACAGGUGGAGACAGUCUCGCAUCAUGUAUCAGUCCAACCUGCCUGUGAUUCCAUAUUAUCCCCCACGUUACUCAGACACUUUGGGGACAGGGACUCUCCCACACGUGUACAAUUACGAGGUGUGCAGGACGACUGACUCCAGAAAGAGUGACUAUAAGUUCGGCAGAGCCGGUAGUCAGAACGUCCUGAUAAUGGAUCCCAGUUCAACAGGGACGAUGCAGAGGAUACAGAAUGAGAAGAGCAUCCUGGAUGAACCAGACUCUCCCACUGAGGUUAGAAAAAUGCCAUAG